GUGCGCUCUUGCACUUCUUUCCCCCCCCCCCGAUUUACCCGCGUCUUCACACCCCCUCUCCUUCACCAUGGCGGCGCCCGGCCAGCCGUCCCCCCAGCAGAUUGCGGCCAUGCAACAGCAAUUCGCCGCUGAAGCUGCCAGGCGCGGCAUGACCCCCGAGGAAUUCGCCAAACAGCAGCGUGAACAACUGACUGCUGAGGCUGUCAAACACGGCUUGACCACCGAGCAAUACGUCGCCCAACUGAGAAUGCGAGCCCUUCAAGCCCACCAGAGACAGGUCGAGGCCCAACGGCAAGCUCAAGCGCAAGCACAGGCCCAGGCCCAGGCCCAGCUACAAGGACAACCACAGCCUCAAGGACAACCACCUCAGUCGCCAGCCCAACCGGGACAGAACUUGCCAGCAGCUCCGCAACCCCAGCCUCAGCAAAUGACUCGUCAGGUCCCGGUGAACCCGAACAACCCUCCCGACCCGAAGGCGCUUGCUGUUGCUGGGUUUCUGCGGUCGCAGAACCUGAAGACGCGGACUUGUAUCAUGGACGGUCAGCGAAAGGAAAUGUUCAAAGUGAAACGUGCCAUCCGCGCCCUCGAAUCCCCCGCCUACGCCAAAGCGGCUGCCAAAAAGAACUCCCUUCUUCCCCCCGUCACCGACCGCGCAUCUGCAGAGAACGUCUUCAAGCUUCUUCCCCUGUCGCUCCUUGCUCUACGCGUGACGAAGGUUGAUCCCCAUGCGGGCCACAACCACGGCAAGUCCAAGACUCGCGUCAAGGGACUGUGGACGGUACGCAUUGAGCAGCAUCAGGAAACCGACCCCAUGAUGCACUACGUCUGGCUGUGGGAGGGACCGCAGUGGAAGCAGAAGGUCAUGGCCGCGGCUGUGGUGGCCGGAAUCUUUGCGGUGGUUCUCUUCCCCUUGUGGCCGAUGUUCAUGCGACAGGGUGUGUGGUAUCUGAGUGUGGGCAUGAUGGGAUUGCUGGGUCUGUUCUUUGCUAUGUCGAUUUUCCGUCUGAUCUUAUUCUGUGUCACUGUCAUUGCGGUUCCCCCUGGUCUCUGGCUCUUCCCGAACCUGUUCGAAGACGUUGGAUUUGUGGAUAGUUUCAAGCCCCUGUGGGGCUGGCAAGAGAACAAGAAAAAGUCGAAGAAGGCCAAGAAGGCAGCAGGCGAAGAAUCUCAACCUGCAACCUCCACAGCAAACGACUCCACCCCAUCCGCCACCACAACAGCAACAGCGGCAUCGGAUGCCUCGGGCGCCGUGAAACGCGAUCUAGCACCCCGAGUGGAGGAAGUUACCGAAGAGUAAUUGACCUUGUUCCAUACAGUUGACUACGGAGUUCACUAUUACCUAUACGUGGGCGAGAUAUCCAAAUGGCAUGAUCCGGUAAAUUCUUUCUGAUCCUUUCUAAAUGUACGGUACUCUUGCACGCCUCUUGUUCCUACUUCUCUCUUUUUCUUUUUUAUUAUUGCCCGGGCAGGGAUAUUCGGUUUUUGGGUUUCAGCUAGCUACGAAUGCAUUCUUCUUCCAUGGU